UAAGUACCCCUAAACGCGAACUGUCGCGCAUUUGGACCCGCCCCCCUAUCUGAUUCGAUCUCUGAUUUCUCUUCUAAUAACGGUCACUUUUAAUGGCUAUGAGGGCGUCGUCCCGUUUUUGGGCCGACCUUUUUCCGUUCAUCUUCCUCGCUGCAACCCACUUAGGAGCAGCCGCGAGAGAGUGGACAACGGCGGCCGCGAGCGGCGGAGGGGUGGCGGUGGAGCUGUGGUGUGUGGCGAAGAACAACGCGGAGAACGCGGCGCUGCAGAGCGCCCUGGACUGGGCGUGCAGCUCCGGCGGCGCCGACUGCGGCCCCGUCCAGCAAGGUGGGCCGUGCUAUGACCCCGCGGACAUACAGAAAACGGCGUCGUAUGCCUUCAAUGAUUACUUUCUCAAGCACGGCUUGACGCCCGACAGCUGUAACUUCGAUGGCUGCGCCGCUCUCACCUCCCUGAACCCCAGUCAUGGAAGCUGCAAAUUCCCAUCCAGCUUUGCAGUGAACAAUGGAAGCCUCACUGGAUCACCGGCAACAAUGGGAUAUACCCCUGCAACUGCGGAUAUUAAUGGAGGGCAUCUCUCCGCUGGUUCCUGGCCUUGGCCCGUCAUCGCCAUCCCUUUCUUCUCUGCAAUUCCGCUGAUCUUUUGAUGAUUCUAAAGGCAGGCCAAUCUUGCUGAUAUAUAUUUAUGAAUCCCACGAGCGAUUGAGGCAAAGUUUUUGGCCAGAGAAGUCAUAUAUUAGGCACUCAUUAGAUUAGAAUUAUCAGAAUCGGCGAUCAAUCCAGCUUCUGAUAUAAGUUAAGUUGGGGAUAUACUGUUGUAAACCAUCUGUGUGGUAUGUAUGGGGGGUACUCUUAUUUUUACAGUGUUCAAUUGGAAUCUGGCAUGAGUUAAAAUUUAUAGUA